AAGUGGUCAAAGGGCCGUGUCAAGGACAAGUUCAACAACGCUGUUGUGUUUGAUAAGCCUACCUAUGAGAAGCUUUACAAAGAGGUUCCUACUUUCAAGCUUGUGACCACAUCUAUUUUGGUCGAUCGUCUUCGCAUCAACGGCUCUCUUGCUCGUGCUGCUAUUCGUGAGCUUGAGUCCAAGGGUCUCAUUCGUGUUGUUUCUUGCCAUGGUUCUCAAGGCAUCUACACUCGUGCGACCAAGGUACUUUUGGCUUUGGUAUAUAGUUGGUGA